AUGGUGACGGUGCGCAGGCCGUGGCCCGCCGUGGCCACAGUGCUGCUGGCCCUGCUCGCCUGCCUGGGGGCGCUGGUCCACGCUUACCCCUCCAAACCCGAGGCUCCCGGCGAAGACGCCUCGCCCGAGGAGCUGAGCCGCUACUACGCGUCGCUGCGCCACUACCUCAACCUGGUCACUCGGCAGCGGUAUGGGAAACGCGACAGCCCCGAGGCGGUCCUCGCGAAACUGCUCUUCCCCGACGACGAGGACCGGCGGGUCAAGACACGGUAA